AUAUCUGUGUGAGCUGUCCUGGGCCGGCUCAGAGUUCUCAGCUGGAUGGAACCACAGCUUCCCCGGCCCCCAGACUCACUCACACACGCGCAGAGAGCAGAGACACAACAAGAGCCAGCCUGUGUGUGUGUGUGUGUGUGUGUGUCUGUGUGUGUGUGUGUUAUGAGUUUUUCUCACAUCAGUGUUCCUGUAGAGCUGUUGAUGAGGCAGGCCGGCUCAGCUCCAUCUCAUCUCAGUGAGGCGUCCCGAGGCGUUGGCAGGGGUCGAAGUGUGCGCAGCUUCUCGUGUGCUUGACUUUAUUUUGUCACUUUUGAACACUGGACCUGUACUGUAAGCAUUAUGACUCUUCUGGGCUCUGAGCACUCCAUACUCAUACGAAGCAAGUUUAGAUCAGUCCUACAGUUAAGACUUCAGCAGAGGAGGACACGAGAGCAGCUGGCAGACCAAGGCAUCAUGCCUCACCCGGCCUCAGACAGCUCCUCUCUGGACGAUCAGAUGAGGCUAAAGCGAGCGCAGCUAGCCGAGGACCUGAACGAGAAGCUGGCUCUCAGGCCGGGGCCCCUGGAGCUGGUCCAAAAGAAUAUCAUUCCCCUAGACUCUGCUCUCACAAUGACAGUGAACCACGGAAAGUUCCCCAAGCAGGAGGACUCGUACGCGUUCGAGGAGGACAGCAGCAGUGAGAGUCUGUCUCCGGAGCAGCACCACAGCGAUGAGUCUCCGGGCUCGGCGUGUCCGUCGUCUGAGGCUGUGGGCAGCACGGCCUCCUCGUCCUCCUCGCCCGCCCUCACCAGCCCCCGACAGGGAGGUACGGGCCAAGACCCUCCUGAUCACAGCCACGAUGAAGGUCAGACUGCUGCCAACAACAACCAGGCCACUCCCCCAAUACCUGUUCCUGCUAUCGUCAAGUCAAAGACGUCUGACAAGAACCGGCACAAGAAGCCCAAAGAUGUGAAGCCGAAGGUGAAGAAGCUCAAGUACCAUCAGUACAUUCCUCCGGACCAGAAGGCGGAGAAGUCCCCUCCGCCUAUGGACUCGGCCUACGCCCGCCUGCUCCAGCAGCAGCAGCUCUUCCUGCAGCUGCAGAUCCUCAGCCAGCAGAAACACGCUCACACACAGUCCCAGCAGCAGCAGCAGCAGCACACACACACUCCACGCACACAAGCCCAUCAGAGACAGCCGGCGUUCAGCUACCAGCCCCACCCACAGAGCCAAACACACAAAGGCGUCAGUGAGCAGCUCUCAGUCUGCACCUCCAACGGUCCAUCAAGCCAAACAAACUGUAGCUCCUCCUCCCCGGUGAAGAACUCCUAUCCAAACCAGAGCACCAUCUCUCCAGUCAAACCUGGGCCCCUGCCGGCGAAUCUGGACGACCUAAAGGUGUCAGAGCUCAGGCAGCACCUGCGUAUUCGGGGCAUGCCCGUCUCCGGCACAAAGACCGCCCUCAUCGAGAGGCUCCGACCCUUCAAAGACUCCAACGCCGGCUCCUCCCCGUCCGGCUCCUCUGACAUCACCACAGUCACCUUCCCCGUCACACCCACAGGCUCCCUAUCCUCCUACCAGUCUCCUUCCUCCUCCAGCGCUCUCUCCCAUGGAGGCUACUACCCUUACCCCAGCACCUCCUCCACCCCUCCCAUCUCCCCCGCCUCCUCCGAGCUCUCCCUCAGCGGCUCGCUCCCCGACAGCUUCAGCGACGUACCCAUGUCCUCGCCGACCCAGUUCAACCUGCAGCCGUCACCCGCCCAUCUCAGCAUGGAGGACGGCCUUGGGGGAUCGCAGAGGGUGGGGGAGGGCGGCGGUAUGGAGGGCAUGGAAGCAGAGAAAGAUAAAAUGCUGGUGGAGAAGCAGAAGGUGAUCGAGGAGCUGACGUGGAAGCUGCACCAAGAGCAGAGACAGGUUGAGGAAUUAAAGAUGCAGCUCCACAAGAGGAAACGCUGCUACGGAGCAACACAAGACACCGUCCCUCCUCCACCUCACCCUCCCCUGCACCACCAGCAGACUCCCCCCAUGAUGGGACAGCACUUCUUCGGGGUGACGAUCAAGCAGGAGCCCAUGUCUUUGUCCUCCAGCUGUCCUCUGUCCUCUCCAAAGCAGCUGAAGAGCUCACCUGGCAGCUGCAUGGAGGAGAUGGGACACUGCAGCGCCCCCCUCUCUGGUAUGGGGGGCCCCAGUGGACCACAGUGUAUGGACACCACCCCGUCCACAGGCAGCCCCUCCACAAUGUCCGCUUUCCUGAGUCCACAGUGCUCUCCGCAGGACUCCCCCAUUGGAAAGCCUUCGGGAAGCCCCCAGCCGUCGUCUCCAAAUAACCCCUACAUGCUAACACCUUCGCUGGGGAGGGACGGCUGCCGUCACCCCCACCCGCAGGGCAACAACAGAGUACGCAACAUGCAGAUGCAGCAGAAAAAUGGCGUUCUGCCGGUUAACUGCUCUUAUCCUUCCGACCAAAGAGGCCUUCAGGGAGUCUUUCCAAACUCUGCAGAGUGUGGUCACACUGGCUCAGUCAAGACCGAGAACCACAGCAUGCACCCAAAGAUGUCAGUAGUGCCCUCUCCUCGGCAUGUUGGCCUAAAGAGCCAGGCCCCCCCCCCAGCCGUCAGUAGCUCAGAUUCAGAUGACUUAAGACAGCCCCCAUGCUAUGAGGAUGCAGUCAAGCAGCAGCUGACCAGAAGUCAGCAGAUGGACGAGCUGCUGGACGUGCUCAUAGAGAGCGGAGAGAUGCCCGCUAACGCCCGAGAAGAGAGGGAGCGGUCCUCUGUAACCAAAGUUGUGCCUCACAUUAAUGUGUCCCCAGGGUGCCCCGGCCUCCUCAUCCCGAGGUUCCACCGACACUACGAGCACCUGAGCCCCUCCCAGCUGCCAUACGACCAUGCAGCCAAUCACAUCGCAGAGAGCCACCUGGAGACUCUGCUGGGGAGUCCGAUCGCUCGGGGAGCGGAGGGUGCUCUCCUUAAAAUGGCUGCUGAGGAUGGAGGGCAGGAGGACGAAGGGAACAGAGACAGCGAGGGUUACGGCAGCCCCCACAACCAUCACCGCCACCCGCACCACCCCCAACAGGACAAACUGAUGACCAACAGAGAGCUGAUGGACACGCCUCUGUCCCCAAUUAGCAUUAACACCAAGGUGUCCUGCGUCCCCGAGGUGCAGGGCAUGGUGAGCAUGACGUUCAACGAGACGCCGUGGGAAACGAUGGAGUGGUUGGACCUGACCCCGCCCAGCUCGGCUACGGCCUUCAGCGUGGCUCCACCCACCGGGCCAAGCAUCUUCAACACAGAGUUCCUGGAUGUGACAGACAUUAACCUGAACUCUGCCAUGGACCUCCACCUGGAGCACUGGUGAACGCAACACCCGCCAAGUACUAGCUAGCAUCAUGCUAACACCAGCCUGCGAGGAACAGUGCAGACUGCUCACUUCAGCUCCAACCAAACCAAAGAACUUCUGCCUUAACCGCUUCAGUCCAAAUGCCAGAGUUUG